UACAUACACACACACACGGGGUUGUGAGCCAAACUUCGUGGGAAAAUGUACAUUUUAAAUCUCUCCAACUCACCUUAAAGCGUUGGGCAACAUCUAAAUAAUAUCCAUGUGGUCUGCGGUUCCAGAUUUCAGUGAUUUGUCGAGUGACAGCGAAACUGAAGAGGUAAAAUUAGGGGAUUUCACGGACGAGAGUGACGACCACCGUGAGCUAUACGGAGCUUCAAACGCAGCAUUUGACAGCAGUGAGACAGCGCCACCAAGAGGUGUAGCUCAACAACAUUGGCAGACUUUCAGCCAGCUGAAGAGACGUAGAACAGAAUCUUCCAAGUCUAAGGAUAGUACAAGACACGGAAUCAAAAAGCAAAGAAUUAAAAACUCAGAUCAAAAAGAUGCUUCUUUAUCCUGCCCGCCUGGCCCAUCAUCAAGCAACCUGAAAGAGACUGAUGAUUCAACAACAAAACAAAACGAGGGUAUCGAUUCUCAAAGUGAGGAAAAGGCCCCUAGCCAGGAACACCAAGAGCAUUGGAACACCCUCAAGAGAAAUCUCAACGUCAAUGAGCAUAUACAGCAGGGGAUAGACCAUGGCCAGUACAAUCCAAAUAAGAGUGGUUUGGAGAAGCAACUUGAUCAAGCUGUGAAGGAAGGCAAGUUUGAAGAAGCUGAAGAUCUGAGUGACCAGUUGGCCAAACGAGACCUAGCUUGUAAAAUAGCCAAGUCAGCAGAUGCAAGGGACUAUCUGAAAUGGAAGGAGAGUGAAGAAACCAAGAGGAAAUCAAAGCGGAAGAAGAAGAAACUGAACUGGGGUUUCGAAGCAAAGGAAAGAUGGCAAAUGAAAGGCAACAUGUAACUGUGGAAACUGACAGCUUGCAGAAGUUUGUCCUUGAUUUUCGUUCAUAAAAGGACCUGUUUAACACAUGGUGUGGUCUAGUGUGCAACAGACUGUGCAAUUCUUGCGCAUAUUAAAACCUCCAGGACCAAGUUGGUCCAAACCAUUUGAGUUGUACAGUGCACGAUUCUAUUUCUUUAAAUACUUACGUUCAAUGUAUUUUAUGGCUAUAAAAACUAUAUUUUGUGAAAGUGAAAUAAAUGUCACUAUUCAACAAAGAAAAACAGAUAAUAAGACUUGACCUGUUUCCGGUUACUUUUACUAAAUUUAGAAUUUUGCCCAACUGGCAGUCAUGUAAUCAUUUAAAGCCAUUGGACCCUUUCGGUACAGAAAAAAAAGAAAAAAGUUCACAGAUUUACAUAUAAUU